GGGCACAUAGAGUGUAAUGGAACUGAGAACUCCCUGGCCGAGUGUGAUAUAGGACCAGUGUCAUUUGAGGCCGAGUGCCGCUUCGUGGCUGUUGUAACUCAAUGCUCCAAUGCUCCUCCAGUGUAUGUGACAGGUUUGGCUCAUAACGAAUACUUUCCCUAUCACUUGACUGCCGAGGAAAACCAACAGAGUGUUUGGGUGUGUCUGGAGGUGGUAGGAGCUGAGACUCUGAGUCAAACGGUCCACAUUGCCUUGACCACUACGUCCACCACUCAUGGAACAUUUACAUCAGCUACAGCUUUUAGUGACUACAUUCCACUGAAUAAGACUCUGACAUUU